CCUACAUACACUUACUUUGAAUUGUUAUUAAACAUAAACAAAGAUCAAUAACCUAAGUUUUUAACUCCAUCAAUGGCCAUAACUAUAAGCUCUGCCCUACUUAUAUAUUUUCAUUUUCUUGUAUCCCAUUUUGAUAUAUCAUAUGCUCAAAUGUGUUCAGAAUACAAAUUCACAUCAAGAAGAAUCUAUAGUUCUUGUAGGGAUCUACCCCAUCUAUCUGCACAACUUCAUUGGACCUACAAUUCAUCAACGGGCAUAGCCCAGAUCGCAUACCAGGCCCGCCAAGGCCCACGUGGGUGGGUUGCAUGGGCGGUUAACCCGAACCAAAUAGGCAUGGUUGGAUCAGAAGCACUUGUGGCUUUUCAUAAUAGUAAUGGAAGUAUGACAGUUUAUACAACUUUGAUAAAUAAUUACAGUCCUUCAAUGGUGCCAGGAAAUCUUAGCUUUCAAGUUUCAGGUGGAUCUGUUGUUAAUCACGUGUGGCAAAGUGGGUAUUUGGUUUUGAAUGAUGUCCCUCAAAUGCAUGCGAUUUCACAGCAAAAUCUUCAGUCAACAGGGGAGAUUGAUUUCCUUUUUAACAAGGUCUUCGGUAAGACUUCUAUUUUGGACAAGAAUUGGGGCGCCGCACAGCAUGAGAUGGCUAAGUCCUCGAUGGACUUUGAUGGUGCAUUAGGUCCUUCCACAAUGAUUUCCUCAUCUACCUCGGAACUAGAUCCUGCAUGGAUUGUUCCAGUGAUGGGUAGCGACUGGUAA